CGCUUAUUGUGUUAACAUGGCGUUAACUCGCUAGAAUUCCCCUAAAAAAUGGUUGUGUAUUUUUUGUUUUGUUUUGUUUUGUGAAUCUAUAAAAGAUAAAAUAAACAGCUCAGCGAAUAUUUAGUGAACUGGUUGAAACAAUUAGCUUAAGAUGACGACGAAAGUUUAUGGUGUGGACAUGGAGGUCCUACAGAAACUUUAUCAAUUCCAGUUUUUGUUAAAGAGAAGAAAAUUUAACAAAGAAUUUGACAAAAUGGAGUUUCUGGCUUAUGUGCAACUUAAAAGUGAAAAAGAAACAAUUCCAGUAAUUAAACAAAUUUCAGUGGUGAAUACUAGCAUUUUAAUUGAAGAAGGAAUAACAAUAUCAAAAUAUCAGUUACUCAAAAUCGAAAAAAACGAUGACAACAACCAUGUUGUUGUAAAAUUUAAAAAACCAAUCUGGGGGUUGGGUUCGUUUAUAUCCUUCGAUUUUAAGACUAAAGUGGAAAAAAAAGAUUUCUUGGAUGCAAUCAGAGAAAUAGAAAUUGAUGAAAGUGAUGUUGAACAAUCAGAAAUGACCCCACCGGGUUCAGAUGAUAGCUCAAAUUAAAUUUAUGAUCUCCUGUCCGGUCCUGUUAAAUCUAGAGAGAAAGGGGGUCACGUUAUAUUGGAAUUAGUUUAUAUUAUUGACAAACCACACGUUUCCCCAAAAGACCAGCCCACAUAUUCACCGAAAAGUGUUGCUGAUAUGCCCUCGGAAUUAAAGCAUUUGGAUUUUACUUAAGUAGUCACUGGAAUACAUUGUUGGUUCAGGAUAGUGUUUAUUUUCUUAAAUAUUUUGAUGUGUGAAAUUUAAUUAACAAAUAUGUUUUCAACAUGACGAUUUUUUAUACAA